AUGUCCGACAUAGCAGCUAUGGAGAAUGCCAAACAAGCCUGCCCAGAGCUUCAAAGCCUUCCCCAAGGUUGGAGCUUCAAUCUCGAUAAUGCAAACCGGGUGUACUUUAUAAAGGCCCAAGAAACCACCUACAACCACCCAGCUCUAGGGGGGUUACCGAAACCGUGGAUCCUCAUGCUUAUCUAUGGAGAAGAAUUUCGGUCCUUCCGAUAUUACAACAGAGAAACUAAGGAACAAACAAGCAGAGAUCCUCGGUACAUGGACCAGACUUUGCAGUAUCAAUCAAAAGCAGCUCCAAGAGAGCUGUGGAUAGCGGCGUCAUCCCAGAGGAAUAACAAUAUCGACCUGGCUACCAUGCAACGGUCACCGAUUGAGAACCAUGAUAUCCGCGAUAAGUAUGAGAGGAUACAUACUAUUGAUCCCGGGGAUGGCACGGUUGGUGGUAUGAAUGGCGGGGUUUAUGUAGUCCGCAUCAAGAAUAUACCGAACAAACUCUACAUCGAGAAAAGGUUUAAAUCGGAAGGUGUUUCGUUCGGAAAGAAAGAGAUCAAAAUGCUUCGGCAGGUGAAACAUUCAGCUCUCACUUCGUACUCGGCCGCUUUUCUUAUCGAGACAUCUACAUUGAAAGACGCAUCAGUGUAUAUCGAGUUUUGCGAUCGAGGAUCUUUAAAGGACCUUAUUGGUGAUUACUUCAAGCGUGGAAACAUCAAUCCAAAGCCUCGACCACCCGAGCCGUUUGUAUGGCAUGUAUUUGGCGGCCUUUUGGAUGCUUUGGCAUAUCUUCAGACGGGAAGCAGCCUUCUGCAUAGGCGAAACGUUCUCAUGGAUAAAAGUUGGACUCCAAUUAUCCACCGCGAUUUCAAGCCAGACAACGUUCUUCUCCGGUCAAGAGCCACUGUAGGGUCUACAAAGUAUUUCUACUGCGUCUUGAGUGACUUUGGUCUUGCAUGUGAGGACCGCCCCUAUUGGCAUCCCGAUGCUGAUCAUCAUCAAAAAACCGGGGGAAUCCUAGGCACUUAUAUUUACUUUGCGCCAGAACUCUGUUAUGAGUCAUAUCCAAGAACCUCACUAGAGAAGACCACCUUCCCAAAUGGCUAUCGACACAGUGGCAAGUCGGAUAUAUGGGCUCUUGGAGUGUGCAUUUACAAUCUGUGUGCCUGUCGAGAUGAGGCGGGCACCGACCACCUUGACGGUGCCUCCAGGCCUCCACUAGUUUCUUGGAAUGAAUGGGGUGGUGGGCAAAUAUGUCGAAGGAAUCGAUAUCCACUUCCAGUUCCUCCGGUUUAUUCGCCAGAGCUGCGUGAGGCCAUCUUGCGAGCAACGGAAUGGUACCCCGAUAGACGUCCAGAUGCUGCCACGCUCUUGAGGAGGUUCGAAGAGCUCCAGGAAGCAUCAGGGUGCACGUACCAGGGAGGCGCACAUGCCCUUCCAGAUUGGGCUACUCGUAAACAUGAGUAUUUCUCUAAAGCAGAGCAGUUAUCGAAGGGUAGGGGUCGUUGA